CAAUAAUCCGUUCUAAAGCUUCGCUCUUUCCCUUUGUUUCUUCUUACCUUUCGAUCUCUCUCUGAAACAAACAACUCCAUCUCUUCUUCUUCCUCAUUUGAUUUUACUGGCGAAAUUUCAGUUUUUGUUUAAUCGAAGUUUUUUGAUUAAUCCAAGUAUUUCGCUUUCGGGAAGAGAAGAGAUAGUAUGAGAAAAGAGUGAUACUUUUAUAUUUUGAUUCUGGAAAUGGAGCAGCUUGUCAACUUCAUCAUUCGACCUCCUAGAGCUGAGUAUGACCCGCAACAUGAUCUCCUAGAAAAGGAGUUUAUGAUGAAAGGCAGAUGGUAUCAACGAAAGGAUUUAGAGAUUAAAAACAGUAGGGGAGAUGUUCUCCAGUGUAGUCAUUACAUGCCAGUUGAACUCCCUGAAGGAAAGCCUUUGCCCUGCGUAAUAUAUUGCCAUGGAAACAGUGGAUGUAGAGCGGAUGGUAGUGAAGCCGCAAUUAUGUUGCUGCCUUCAAACAUCACUGUUUUCACCCUAGACUUCUCCGGAUCUGGUCUCUCUGGCGGGGAACAUGUCACCUUAGGCUGGAACGAAAAGGAUGAUCUAAAGGCUGUGGUUGAGUUUUUGCGGCAGGAUGGAAAUAUAUCCCUGAUAGGGUUAUGGGGUCGUUCAAUGGGUGCUGUUACCAGCUUGAUGUAUGGAGCUGAAGAUCCUUCCAUUGCAGGAAUGAUUUUAGAUAGUCCCUUCUCCGAUUUGGUUGAUCUGAUGAUGGAACUUGUAGAUACGUAUAAGUUCCGUCUACCGAAGUUUACCGUGAAAUUUGCAAUACAGUUUAUGCGGAGAGCUAUUCAGAAAAAAGCAAAGUUUGAUAUACCGGAUCUGAACACCAUUAAGGUGGCAAAGUCUAGUUUUGUUCCAGUUUUGUUUGGACAUGCCUUAGAUGAUGACUUUAUUCGCCCUCAUCAUUCAGAUCUUAUAUAUGAAGCCUACAUAGGUGACAAAAAUAUCAUCAAAUUUGAGGGAGAUCACAACUCUCCACGGCCUCAGUUCUACUUUGAUUCGAUAAAUAUAUUUUUCCAUAACGUCCUUCGACCUCCAGAGGUGGUAGGACCUACAUUUUAUGACCCGUUAGAUGAGUACUUAGCAAAGGGCAGUUGGAGCACUAUGCAUGACACAAAUAUUCCACAAUCAUCAGUACAGAAGAGUUUGGCCACGAGUAGCAUCUCUGACCCAAUUAAUGAAGUCCGCGUGAAAAGACCCAUGAGUCGCACAGAAGUUCCUUCGAGUGUCACAUCUAACGGUUCUCCAUCAGAAACUAAGGAAAAAGAGAAUCACGAUCGCCGUGAGACUUCAUCAUCUCCUGAUAUGAUAAGCUUCGAUUUGUCAAAUGGUGAUCAAUACCCUCCUCAGCUUGCGAUGGCUUUAGAUGAUGACCAAUAUCUGGAGUAUCACUUAGAGAACAUCCCAUCUAAUGCAGAGGAAGAAGAAAGGAUGCUUAUGAAAGCGGUGAUGGAGUCACUUAAGGACCUGGAAGUGCAAAGUCUUGAGAAAAAGGAAUCUCCUGAGAAGAGAGUUCACUGCAGCAAUUCUUUUCAAACUGCAGAACAAACCCUUCUUUCUAGAGAAGAAUCAACUUCAACUCAAGCAAACCAAUCAGAGACUAAUGCUUCUACUUCCAAUCCAGCAACAUUUAGCAAAGAUGUAGCACCAUCAUCUUCCGAGUCCAAAGCUCCAAAUGGGACCUCGGGUUGUAUAGCAGCACCCGGAAAUGCUUCUGCGCCUGGCUGCACGAACCAGAAGGCAAGAGAGAACGGUGACAUGUCAGCAGAUACAAAGGCCACAGUCACAGUUGAACGUACUAGUAGCGCACCAGGCAAAGUCUUUGACGGGUUAAUACGUAAGUGGGAUCUCAACUUCUUCAAAAGCAACAAAUGA